GUCUUCGAGUAUCACGCAUGCGCGCAGUACACUGAAGGCCUUGAAAAUGUCGGAUGGAGGUUAAAAAUGAGAAGGAAUUCAUCUCCAGGAAGCUCAAAAACGACACGCCAGUUUUGUUGUCUCUGCCUAGAUACUUAAGAAGUGGAGCAAGGGAUCCAAUUGUCCACCCAUCCUGCUCAGACUGUCGGGAGGAAUUCACUCGGUGAUUUUGACCAACUGGCACGCCCAUCAUUUUACACAGGAAAAAGGACAUUCACCUGCCCAGACAGUGGGAAUGGAUUCACUCGGUUAUCUCAACUAAAGGUACAUCAGCAAGUUCACACUGGAAAAGGCCAUUCACCUGUUCUGUGUGUGAGAAGGGGUUCAGUCGGUCAUCCCACCUGUGGACACACCAAUCAGUUCACACCGGGCAGAGGCUAGUCUUCUGCUGAACUUCUGGGUAAGGAUUCACUCUGUCAUCUGACCUAAUGGCUCACCAGCGAGUUCACACUGGGGAGCGGCCGUUCACCUGCUCAGUCUGUGAGAAGAGAUUUACUCAGUUAUCCAACCUACAGAGUCACCAGCGAGUUCACACUGGGGAGAAGCCAUUCACGUGCUCAGUCUGUAGGAAAGGAUUCACUCUGUCAUCCACCCUACUGGUACAUCAGCGAAUUCACACUGGGGAGAAACUGUUCACCUGCUCAGACUGUGGAAAGGGAUUCACACUGUCAUCCCGCCUACUGAGACAUCAGCAAGUUCACACUGGGGAGAAGCCGUUCACCUGCUCAGACUGUGGAAAGGGAUUCACACUGUCAUCCCGCCUACUGGUACAUCAGCGAGUUCACACUGAGGAUAAGCCAUUCACCUGCUCAGUCUGUGGGAAAGGAUUCACUCAGUCUUCCACCCUACUAAUACAUCAGCGAAUUCACACUGGGGAGAAGCUGUUCACCUGCUCAGACUGUGGAAAGGGAUUCACUCUGUCAUCGAACCUACAGAGACACCAGCGAGUUCACACUGGGGAGAGGCCAUUCACCUGCUCAGUCUGUGGGAAAGGAUUCACUCAAUCAUCCACCCUACAGGGACACCAGCGAGUUCACACUGGGGAGAAGCCUUUCACCUGCUCAGUCUGUGGGAAAGGAUUCACUCUGUCAUCCACCCUACAGAGACACCAGCGAGUUCACACUGAGGUGAAGCCAUUCACCUGCUCAGUCUGUGGGAAAGGAUUCACUCUGUCAUCCACCCUACAGAGACACCAGCGAGUUCACACUGGGGAGAAGCCUUUCACCUGCUCAGUCUGUGGGAAAGGAUUCACUCUGUCAUCCACCCUACAGAGACACCAGCGAGUUCACACUGAGGAGAAGCCAUUCACCUGCUCAGUCUGUGGGAAAGGAUUCACUCUGUCAUCCACCCUACAGAGACACCAGCGAGUUCACACUGAGGUGAAGCCAUUCACCUGCUCAGUCUGUGGGAAAGGAUUCACUGUGUCAUCCAUCCUACUGGUACAUCAGCGAAUUCACACAGGGGAGAAGCCAUUCACCUGCUCAGUCUGUGGGAAGAGAUUCACUGACUCUUCCACCCUACGGAGACACCAGCGAGUUCACACUGGGGAGAAGCCAUUCACCUGCUCAGUCUGUGGGAAGAGAUUCACUGACUCUUCCACCCUAUGGCGUCACCAGCGAGUUCACAGUGGGGAGAUGCCGUUCACCUGCUCAGUGUGUGGGAAAGGAUUCACUGACUCUUCCACCCUGCAGAGACACCAGCGACUUCACACUGGGGAGAAGCCGUUCACCUGCUUAUUCUGUCGGAAGAGAUUCACUCAGUCAUCCACCCUACAGAGUCAUCAGCGAGUUCACACUAGAGAGAGGCUCAGAAUGUGGGAAAGGAUUCACUCAGUCAUCCCACCUCUUGGCACACCAGUCAGUUCACAGUAAGGAGAGGCCAUUGUUUUGAAUCCUUUGGUUUUGUUUGCUGUAGACUGUCAUUUUAAGAGAGAGAGAGAGAGAGAGAGAAAUUAAGAAGGUGAAUCAGUCUGACUUGCAGCUUGUUUACAUUGCUCGCAGCUUGUUUAGUUUUAACUGAGGACACAGACACUCAGAGUCAGACGGAGACAAAGGAGGAAAAAUGGAAGGAUCAAAACCAGGGAACUAGUAGCCAAGGAUCACUGUUUGGAACUUUCCUUCGCUCACAAGGGUGGGCUAAUUAUCGAUUCACUGUACAUCGAAUGUGUGGUUGUCACCUCAUUUGAUCCACAGGAGUGGAUCUGAUUUGGGAUAUCCUGUGGAGAUGACUUAUGUGUUAACCCUUGCCUGGCUGUGGCGUGGUCAUUCAUUUGAUGAUACCCCUUAUGACAAUUCACUUUAGGUGAUAAUUCAUAUGUACAUUUGUGAAGAUGAUGGAUAAAAUCUAGAGCGACUGUUCUCUCUUUUUACCACCAUGGAACCUGUGGAAUACAACAUAAUUGCGUUCUCUCAACAUUUACCCUGGAUUACAAAAAUAUCUCUCUCACAUCACCUAUUCUGUGAAUUAAUUGAACUUUAAUACUUUAACAUCUCCAGACUCCAAGCCUUGUUUCCCCUGAGCUCAGAAGUUUGGGAGUUAUAUUUACACACAUACAUACACAUAACACUCACGAGGAAAUCUGCAGAUGCUGGAAAUACAAACACAAAAAAAUUGCUGAUAGAACACAGCAGGCCAGGCAACAUCUAUAGGGAGAAGCACUGUCGACGUUGUGGGCCGAGACCCUUCGACAGUACUAACUGAAAGAUUGUAAGAGAUUUGAAAGUAAUGGGGGGAGGGUGAAAUGCAAAUGAUAGGAGAAGACCUGAGGGGGUGGGGGUGAAGCUGAGAGCCGGAAAGGUGAUUGGCGAAAGUGAUACAGAGCUGGUGAAGGGAAAGGAUCAUGGGACGGGAGGCCUUGGGAGAAAGAAAAAGGUGGGGGUGGAAGUACCAGAGGGAGGGGUAGAACAGGUAAACAACUAAAUAUGUCAGGGAUGGGGUAAGAAGAGGAGGAGGGGCAUUAACAGAAGUUAGAGAAGUCAGUGUUCAUGCCAUCAUGUUGGAGGCUACUCGGCCGGUAUAUAAGGUGUUGUUCCUCCAACCUGAGUUUGGAUUCAUUUUGACAGUAGAGGAGGCCAUGGAUAGACAUAUCAGCAUGGGAAUGGGAUGUGGAAUUAAAAUGUGUGGCCACUGGGAGUAGUCUUUUGCUGUUGGUUCAUUUCUAAAGCAUUAUGGUUUGUAACAAAAUGGGGCUGUGUCUGGGAUAUGACAAAUUUAAGGAUUGAUUAAUUAUCAAUUUCAUUGGGGAAAUCCCUUUUGAUUUACUUGUGUGUGGAAAACCAGCAGCAAUGGAUGUUGAUAGAUAUCUGGAAGUGUGAACCUCUCAGGCAUUAGAGGACACCAGAAGGAUUGAGUUGUUGAGUAUUGCUAGAACGUUAAUACUUGCUAAGGUGAAAUUGACAAUGAGGGGGGCACUGAUGCAGAGGAUAAUAGCUGAGCAUUAUGUAUCUGAGGGUGUGUUUAAAGUGGAGGAGUUGGAGGUGUUUCCUGAAAGUAAACCUCGUGAGCUUGAGCUCCAGUAGAAGUUAGAAAUAUUAAAGAUGGCUCCAGAAAGGCAGAGGCAGUUUCAGGCUAAAGAGGCAGAAAAGCAGACAGAAAAUUCUCUUACAAAGUGUAAUUAAGGGGAUAGGCUUAGCAAGCCUAUUCUGCUUUGACAGUUGCUGAAGCAGCUUAUUAUUUACUUAUUUAUGCUGCCCCAAUCAUUGCCACUGGGCUAUAAAUGUGCAGGAGCUGUGUGUGGUUCAGUGUUUUGCUCAAGGACACACAAGCUGCCUCGGCUGAGGCUCGAACUCAUGACCUUCAGAUCGCUAGUUCAACACCUUAACCACAUGGCCAUGCAUUAUGACCACAUAUUAUGACAUAGUGAAACAGGCUGUGCUCAAAGCUUACGGGUUGGUCCCAGAAGCAGACAGGCAAAAGUUUAGAAAUUUGAAGAAAUCUGUGAACCAGACAUACGGAAUUUGCUUAUGAGAAAUUUGUGUCUAUUGACUACUGAUGCACAUCUGAACAUGUAAAUGAUGAUUUUAACAGCUUGAGAGAGUUGGUUUCAAUUGAAGAAUUCUGAAGGUGCGUCCCUGAUGACAUAAAGACGUAUUUAGAUGGAAAUGAUGCUGCCACUCCGCAGGAAUCUGCUGGAUUAGCAGAUCAGUUUGCUUUAACUCAUGAAGUUAUGUUUACCCUGAAUAAGAGUUUCCAAAAGGCACUUGUCAAGUUGUGGGUAAACCUAAUGAGCUCACCCCAGUGGCCUGUACCUGCAUUCGGUGAACCCUUUUCCAAAGUUAUAGUGGCUUGUGUUGGCCCAUUGCCAAAGACUAAAGCUGGCCAUCAGUAUCUGCUAACUAUUAUGUGUACUACAUCCAGAUUCCCAGAGGCAAUGCCUCUCAGAAAUAUUAAAGCUAAAACUGUGGUGAAGGCUCUUACCAAGAUUUUCACUUUAUUCGAUCUGUCUAAAGAAAUACAGUCUGAUCAAGGAUGUAUUUGUAUAUCUGCAUUAUUCAAGCAGGUAGUUUAUGAAUUGGGAGCAAAACAGAUUGCAUCAUUUGCAUACCAUCCGGAACCAGAAGGGGCUUUAGAAAGAUUUCAUUCUACCCUCAAAACAAUGAUUAAGACAUUGUGUUGAAAAUGGAAAAGACUGGGAUGAAGGAACAUAUUUGCUUUCAUCCACAGAAAUAGAGUCAGUACAGGAAUCACUGGGCUUUAGUCCAUUUGAGCUUGUAUUUGGUUGCAGAGCGAGGUGCCCUUUGACCUUGUUAAAGGUACAGUGGAUUGAUGGGGAUGUACAUGUUAACUUGUUAGACUGUGUUUUGAAGUCCAAAAAUAAACUACACCAAGCCUGUAGUCUAGCGAGACAAAACUUAAAGAUUUCUCAAAACAAAAUGUUGGUUUGAUAACAGAGCUCGCGAAAGAAAAUACCAGGUGGGGGAUAAGGUGCUUGCCUUAUGUUGACGAAUCCACUCCAGGCGAAAUUCAAUAGACCGUAUGAGAUAGUCUCUCAAAUUAAUAAUGUGAAUUCUGUUAUUAAAACACCCGACUGACGUAAACUAACUCAGGUGGUGCACAUAAAUAUGAUAAAGCCUUUUUUGACAAGCAGGCACCAUCUGUGAGUAUUGUUGUCAAAACAAAUGAAUCUGGUAACCCUGAGAAUGAUACAAUUGACUCGUCUGAAACUUUUCACAAGCCAAACAUGGUCCCAGUUAGGCUAAUGAACUCGGUUGUUCUAGAAAACAUUGAUAACAAGUUGGCUCAUCUGCAGCCAAAGUAACAACAACAGCUGAAGGAAUUAAUUCUGAAGCACAAAGAUUUAUUUCCCGAUGUUCCCAAGCAAACCACGGUCGUAGUACAUGAUGUAGAUGUUGGUCAAGCCAAACCGAUUAAACAACACCCACUUCGCAUGAACGUAGACAAGUGUAAAUUGGCUGACCAGGGAAUUGAGUAUAUGCUGGAGAAUGGUAUUAUUAGGCCUUCAAAAUGAGAUUGGAGUCACUCUGCAUUAUUAUGCCCAAACAUGAUGGUAGUGUUAGAUUUUGCACUGAUUGUAGAAAGGUAAAUGCAGUGAUAAAAACUGAUGCCUAUCCUAUCCCUAGGGUGGAUGAUUGCAUCAAUAAGGUUGGAAUAGCUAAUAUCUUACAAAGAUUGAUCUGUUGAAAGGGUAUUGGUGUGUUCCAUUGACGGACAGAGGUAGAGACAUUUCUGUGUUUGUGACACCAUCUGGGUUGUAUGAAUACAAUGUUUUGCCUUUUGGAAGGAAAAAUGCUCCAGGAACAUCCCAGAGAAUGAUUGAUUUUGUAAUUCGAGGGUUAGAACACACAGAUACCUAUAUUGAUGACUUAGUUACAGGGAGUGGCACUUGUGAAGAGCAUAUCUCUGCAGUAGAGAAGCUGUUUGACAGGCUUUCCUAGGACAACCUUACAGUUAACUUGGCUAAGAGUGAAUUUGGCAAUGCCAGUGUGACCUGUCUUGGCUAUGUUGUACGUCAAAGCAAGUUGGCUCCUGUUCGGGCAAAAGUCCAGGCAAUUUCUCAUGUUCCUAUUCUGACUGCUAAGAAGGCUCUUAGUAGGUUUCUGGGAAUGGAUGGAUAUUAUCGUAAGAACUUUGCUGCUAUCGCUCUUCCUCUGACCAAUCUCCUGAAGAAGGGUGAAAAGUUUGUUUGGACCGAGCCUUGUCAGAAGGCAUUUGAUUGAUUGUUAUCAGUAUUUCAGAUUAGGCCAAUCAAUGUAGUGCUGUCAGCAAAUUUAAUUAGCAGAUUGGAGCUGUGGGUGGCAACACAAGUCAUGGGUGCACAGAGAAUAAAGGAGGGCGCCAAAAAGACAACCCUGUGGGGUAUGUGUGCUGAGGGUCAGAGAGACAGAGGAGAUGGAGCCCACUCUUACCACCUGCCGGUGACCUGACAGGAAGUCCAGGAUCCAGCUACACAAGGCAGGGUGAAGGCCGAGGUCUCUGAGCUCCUUGUCGAUACUUCACUCCUUCGUCUGGCUACUGCUCUGCCCAUGACUGCAAGGAACUGCAGAGAACAUCAGAGAAACAAGCCUCCCCUCCAUGGGCUCUUCCUACACUUCCCCUCCCUCGGAAAAGCAGGCCAUGUACUCAAAGAUCCUCACAACCACAAACAUUCUUGCUGCAAACCUGCUCUCCCAUUGGGAAGAGAUACAAAAGCCUUAAAGUGCGUAGCACCAGGCUGAAGGACGGCUUCCUGUCUGCAGUUAUAAGCCUAAUGAAUGAUAAAAUGGACUCAACCUCACAAUGUAACUGGACGUGACCCUGCACCGUAUGUCUAUCUACACUGCAUUUUCUCUGCAGCCAUAAUGCUUUGAUACAGUGAUUAUUUUGAUGUAUAUCAGCUCAAUGUACUGUUGUAAUGUAUCCAUCUGUCUGGAUGGUACAUUAGGCAAGAUUUUCACUGUAGCUCAGUACAUGAUGAUAAUAAACAA